UAAAGUUGUGGUGAGGCACUGUGGAAGGUGAACGAUAGAGUAGGACUGGUGGUCACGGAGCCAUUUUACAUUUUGUAGAAUUUUUGUUGUUACCCUGAAAAUAAACACCUCAUGACCUGCAGGACACUAAUAUCUUUGUGGCCAGAGACUUAGAAAGUAAAUCUGCAGCGUGCGCAAAAAAAAUCAUGGACGCAAAUUUCAAACGACAAGAACAUGGAAGUGGAGACUUGACCUCUAACAGAGAUGCAUCUGUGCCUGUGUGGGUUACUCACACACCAACACCUGAUAAUAAGACAGAUGACAGCGAUGAUGAAACGAACUCAACAGACUGCACAUCAAGCAAGAAACCUUAUCCUGAAAAAAACAACAGUGACAAAAAGGGAAACAUGAAAAGAAGGCUAAAAUCACUCAUCCCUCAGUCAUGGGGUAACAACUUUUAUAAAUGUACAAAUGAAAGUGACUCUGAAACCACCAAAACUGGAAUACAGAUCCUUCCUAAUGGGACCAGGGUAAGCUCGCCUGUCUGUCCCUUGUUGGAGAACGGGAAUUGGGAUGAAUCAACAGAGAGUUCCGACAAGAACUCAAAUAAGAUUUUGUCGACAGAAAUUCCCAAUGACAAUCUGUUUUGUCAGGGCCUGCAAGAGGAGUCUUUGCUAACCAGCAUUCACCCUGCAGAGUAUUAUGCUGAAAAGUUGGAAGUCUAUCAGCAGAAGUAUUCUUACCUGAAAUCAUGGCCAGGAUUGCUUAGGCUUUUAGCUGGCAUUCAGCUCUUAUUUGGGGGAAUGGUCAUUGCAUGUGUCAUUGCAUACAUUCAGAAAGACAGUGAGUGGUCCAACUCCUAUGGACAGUAUAAUGGCAUAUAUAACAAUGGGUUCGGACCAUCUGGCUACAGCUACAGAGGUCCCAUGACUCCAUUUAUUCUAGCUGUAGCUGGUAUUUCCUGGAUCAUUACCUUCUGUCUCUUGGUGAUAGGAAUGACAAUGUAUUAUCGCACCAUCCUCCUCGACUCCCCCUGGUGGCCCCUGACAGAGGCCCUCAUCAAUUUGGCACUGUUCCUAUUCUACAUGGCAGCAGGGAUUGUAUACUUGAACGAUUUAAAUCGUGGAGGGCUGUGCUACAUGACAAUAGGUGUUAACCCCAUUAUGGCCAAUCUGUGUCGAGUUGACGGGGGCCAGAUGGCAGGAGCAGCUUUCGUCUUCACCAACAUGGCCACAUACCUCGGAAGCUUCCUGGUUUGCCUGAAGAUGUGGAGGCAUGAAACUGCUCGCAGGCAGAGGCAGUACUUUGAGAAUACAGGUGAGUUUCAUCAGUCCAUCCCAUUAACUGCUCAAAAAUCAAAACAUAUAUCAUUCAAGGAUGAAACAGAUCAGUCAGCGCCCAAAAAUAACUGCUAUCAGCAGGCACUCCAUUCUGAUGUUCAGAUCACCUCUGUCAGUCUGAACAAAGCGACAACAUCCAAUUACAUGCCCAAAAGGCAUGUGAUUGCAGACUACAUCUUGAAAUAUCCAGAGAUCAGCUGUGAAGAGGAAAGAGAGAAGUACAAAGCAGUUUUCAAUGACCAGUAUCAGGAAUACAAGGACAUUCACAGAGAUAUUAUUACCACUCUCAAUAAGUUCAGGGAGCUGGAUGCCAUGAUGGUACAACUCCCCAGAGAAGGAAAAAGCCUGGAGGACCAGCAGAGAAUUCAAAGCAUCUUGAAGAAAUAUCAAGAAAAAAAGAAGGACCCUGUUUUUCUUGAGAAGAAAGAACACUGUGACUACUUGAAGGCUAAAUUAGGCCAUGUUAAAAACAGAAUACAAAGGUAUGACCAGACUGCAACAAAUUUUCAGACAGAGAGAAUAGCUGAAAGAAAUAAACUCAGUAACUGAUGACAAAACUGGAAACUUUUUGCAGACAUUUACAUAUUUCUAUGUUCCUUAAGACGGAAUUAUUUCUCUGGAUUGAUGACAUUUUGCAGGAGUAACAACAUUUUCUGGAUAAACUGAAUUUAUUAUGUCUAAAGCUAAUAUGAAGUGUCCUUUUAAUUACAUUUUUUAUAGUUUGCUGUUUGGAAUAUUAUUUCUAUUACUUUUGUUUUGUUUGUUUGUUAAAAGUCAAUCUACCUGAAGCCAUGUUAACAUGCCAUGUUUAUCUUAUGUCUAGCGUCAAUCCCUGCUUCCAUGCCCUGGACUCGUAUGCCUUACAUUUAUCUUUUUCUUUCUUGUACUUUUGUAUUAAUCUUUUGAAAAAAUCACAUAAAGCAGUCUUUUCAGGAAACUGUGGGACACAAACUUUUAUCACUGUAGAUACUAUAAUGUACAGAGUGAACAAUUUGCUAUAAAAAAAAUAGUUUACCUCACUGUACCCAUAAAACACUGACACUGAUAUAUAGGGCAGAAAGUGGUGACAUACUGUAAAAUGUUUUAUUUUUUGUUUAUCAAGUGAUAGCUGACUUAUGGUGUGUCACUCCGAUCAAAUAAACCUUGCACAUUUUUGGGUCAUUUCUAAUUUUUACAGCUCAACAGGGAAGAAGAGUGUGAAGUUUGGUAAAGACUGUAAGACGCUGGGAAGUUAUAUGAAAGCACAUUUUUACUGUGACAUGGCUGAACAGACACACUCUCACUCACUCCUGAGGACAUUUUAAUUUAACUGAAGCACCCUUUGGAGAAGCAGGCUGAUAGAGGGGUGGACUGUGCCCCCGCUGAGACACGCAUCUGAUAAACCUCUUGAGUCAAGCUGCCCUACAGGUUUCGCUUUUUUUUUCUUUCACGUAAUCUUAAACUAUCAAUCAUAAACUAAAAUGAUAAUACAUGUACACAUUUGUAAUAGUCAUGAGACGGAAGCUGUGAAACGGAAGCAGGCAGGUGACGUUAGUGACGCAGUUUGCGCACCAAUGAUCUCUACAGGUGCUGCAGCGGCGCCGUCUCUGUCCGGGUGAAAUUGUAUUAUCAUCCACUGGACUAUGCAUGAUCCCCGGUACUAUGAUAGCCCCCCUGUAUACAGCCCACCUUACAGCACCACUUCCCAAAGUUUUUAUCUUCCAAGGAGUGUUCAUUCCCCCCAGAGCCAGUAUGCCCCAUACACCCAUGAUCCUCCUUUUGAUUCUUAUUAUAUGGAGGGGACGCCACAACUGUUUUAUCGCUGGUUCUCCCCGCCUGGUUUUGUCAAAACUUUUAAAGGGGCCACGGUGCUCAUAUGUUUCAUCAUCUUUGCCUGUGUAGCUUCAACUUUAGUGUGGGACAUAAAUGGAUUUGGCUAUGGGGGGUACGUUGUCCCAGACACAGGCUCUGCUGGAGCAGCAGGGUCAGGAUAUUAUGGGGGCAGCUAUGGCUACGGAGGCUCCUACAUGACACCACAGUCAGCCAAAGCAGCAAUGAUAUCUAUGGCUUCCAUCAUCUUUCUGGUCUCCCUGGGAUUUUUGGUGGCAAGUUUCUCAAGGUCCCCAAGCAUGCGUGGAUGCAGGUUUUACCUCACUGUGUUUAUUUGUGACAUCAUCCUUGCCGUCUUCCAGGGUAUCAUCAAUAUCAUAUUUGUGAUUGGAGUGAACCCAAUGUCUCAGAGUUCACAGAGCAUGCUGUAUAACCCCAUGCUGAGGAUGUGUCAGAACAUCCAAGGCAACCCCAGCCUCAGCGGCAGUGUGGGGGCAGGUUUUCCUGGAGGGUUCCCCAUGUAUAAUCAAUACCUGCACCACUAUUGUUACAUGGACCCUGAGGAGGCAGUGGCGUUUGUAUUGGGUCUGAUCGUGGUGUUGGCCUUAUCCCUCUCGGCUUACUAUGCUUACAAGACACGGAGCAAGAUUUGGCGCCACGGAAAAUCAAACAUCUGCUGGGAUGAGACACUGAGGAGGCCAGCAGAGGGGCAAGUUGGACAGGACUGGCAACAUGUACCAACUGCACCAACUGUUGUGUCAGAAAGACCAGCACCUGACAUGAGGGCAAAGGACAGUUUGCUCUCCCACAGCAAUGGUACAGUCAGUAUCCAUAGUGAUGGAUGUUACAAAAGCAACAGUUUCUGUACAGACAACAGCAUCAGUUGUGUUGCUGAGCCUCUGCACCAGAACAGCGGGGAUGCUGUUUGUUCCAGAAGCUCAGAUGACGCUGAUGUUGUCAGGAAAUCUCAUCCUCAUAACAGCAAAAAGGAAUGGAAGAAGGGCGCUGAAUGUCUUCCUGCUGCUCAGGUGAUGGUUGAGUCUCAAUGUGAAACUAGUUACACUACAAGAGACACGGGCAACGAGCUGGUCCGGGACCAAACUGAUUAUCUCUACAGACAGUACCCGGUGAUAACUUCUGAUGAGCAGCGCCACAAAUACAAGAAGGAGUUUGAUUCUGAUCUGACCCUCUAUAAGACCCUCUGCUCUGAAAUGGAUGACAUCAGUGAUCAGAUGCACAAGUUGAGCCGAGACAUGGAUGCCUUGGAUGAAAGCUCUACAAAAUACCAGGGUGUGGCAGAUGAGUACAACCGACUGAAAGAUCUCAAAAGGACGGCAGACUACCAAGCAAAGAAGAAGCAGAGCAAGGAACUUCGGCAAAAACUUUUCCACAUCAAGCAUUUGGUGAAAAUCUAUGACCAGGGUAUUUGCUAGUGUAGGGUGAUCAUUUGUCAAACACAUCUUGUCAGUUCUUGCCUCCCUUCCCUAAUUUCUCAGGGCUUUAUCCCAUCCUACAAUAGACACAAGGAGAAAGGAAGAAAAUAUAUAUUUAAUUAAAACUGGAGAUAAUUACCUCAGUCAUUAUUUUAAACAAUUGUUUAAUUAUAAAUUGUAACACAAUGCAGUACGUGUAUAUACUCCUUCCUGCUGUAUGUUGUCAUGUGUGUCAUUUGAGUUGCAAUUUUAAUGACCGAAUAUAUAUUUUUCUUUAAAUUACGUUCACAACUUGAAAUAGUGUGUCAUGCUUUUGUUAUAUAUUCCGACCUUUAUAAAGACUUCCUCACAUGGG